AUUGUUUAAAAUAGAUUAAGUUUAAUUAAAUUUGCUAUCGUACCGUUGACGUGAAGGAGACCCGAACAAUUACCGAAUCGGCAACAAAAGGACUCGCGUCUCUUUAAAUUACAUUUUCGACUCGAGAGUGACAAAAAGAUGCGUCAAGAGAGAAUAUGUGUUGGUGCCAUUGAUAAAAUUGGUAACAGCCAAAUUUAAAAAUACAAUUCAUAAAAGUAGCUAUCAAUAAGACAACUACAAGACAAUAACCAGUCUGUGAGUUAUAAUACCAGAAUUAUUACCAGUUUUCAGUCGGUGAAAAACAAAAACAUACCAAAAGAGGUGAACAAUUUUGCCAGUUGGUCCAUUUUUAUUGAUCACUACUAAAAAGCAGAAUAGUUCUUUAGUUAUGAAUUAGCAUUGAUGAUGAGCUAAUUGACCACUUCAAAACUUGUUAUAAUUGUUGAAAGUAUUCUUUUUGCCAAAGCUGUGUUCAUUUUACAAUAAAUUUUACAUAACUUAGCAAUAUAAUUUGUUGGCCCCAUGGUGUGAAAAACGAAGUGGCAUAGUUGUAAAGAUAUAAAUUAUAAACUGAAAAAUUAUAACACCUGGUUUGAACAACUUAGCAGUUUAUUGUCUGAUGGUUCCGUGGGCACAGAACAUCACAUCAAAAAAACUCAAUAUAUUUUCAUAACUCAUACUUAUAAAUACUAAAAAAUACCAGUUGUACGUGCUCAGUGGCAGUCAUUAUUUCAGUCUGUGAUUUUACUUGGCAAUUGAAUUUUAUUGACCCCACUUUCAUAUAUUUGUCAGUUUACCGACAAGACCUUGCAAAAUAUCUGAAGCUGUUACUUAAAAAAGGCUCAAGAACUUUUUGACUGAAGAAGAAGGCCUACAAAAUGGCUUUUUGCGACCGAGUUUUUAGCCCAAAUGGCAAUAAUAUUAUCCACUCCACAGUGUUCCAGUUUUUACCCCUGCUCGCGACGAUACUGGUUGCAGUCCAGAUCAGAGAAGUGUCGGGGUACAUUGUGCCCAAAGGGUCCCUCCAGAAGGAGGACUCAAGCAGUGAAAGGCAGUUGGGAGGGGGAGGGGGGAGAGUGCAGUGUCUGCCGUGUGAGUCCACAGUGUGUGGGGAUUGGCGUAAGAUGGACUGUAAGCAUGGGUUCAUAAAGGACGCCUGCGACUGCUGUUUCCAGUGCGCUCGCUUCCCAGGAGAAUUAUGCGGAGGUUCGCAGAAUGUGUACGGGACGUGUGGUAUCGGCACCUACUGUCGUUAUGCUUACAAUUCAGUCGGCCAGGAGACGCAGCAGAGUGCUGGAACAUGUUACGAAGUGGAGGGGCUGCCUGACAAGGAACACUAUGUGCCGAGGGGUGUGUGGGUCAUACCACCUGGGGUCAAUUUCAACCCAGAGAAAGCAGCAGGAAACCCGAAGGAGCCAAAACCAGACAAACCAUACGUGAAGCCUAAGCCGAACAAACAAUUGUAUCCAUGGGACGAGUACCCGUGGCUCAACGAUGGCCCCAACAACCCCAGCGGAGAUCCCAGCUGCAAGGCUCAGUGCACACCGGAACUGUGCGGAAGAGACAAACGGGCAGUGUGCUCAGCUACCAACAGGGUAUACAGUGAGCCAGAGAGGUGUGAGAACCAGUGUCACCACACCAGCUGUCUGGCCUGCUCUUACGCCAUAGACAUCGCUCACUGUGGCCAGUGUGGCCCCAAGGACAACAGCUGUCUGAAGAAGUUCGGAGUGUGCAUCAAAGCACUGAGGAGGAAGCUACAGCUGCACAAGAACAAAGACAAACAACAGCCCACCAGCCUCAGUCCUCCUGAUGGCCUGAAGUUCGCGUGUUCAAUCCCAGCCUGUCCCAAAGAAGUGUGAUCACAAUAAUUUUCAUAUUUGAUGCCAAUGCACUACAACAAAACCAACUCCCGGGCGCAGCAAACGAGUCAAAACUGAUCAGCCAAAACAAACCAGCCAAGAUUCAUUUUUGAUAACUCGUAUCAAUUGAUAUGCAACUCUCGAUGACUUUUCUCACUUUCCCAACUUAUGAAUUUGCGACUCAAAAUGACAUCAUCCUUUAAAAUAUUUAAC